UAAAGAUCAUCCUAUAAGAAGCCAUUUUAGUAGCAUAAACUAAAUUGAUUAUUCAAUAAGCGUUCCCAUUCUUAGAUUUAACCAAAAUAUUGCUCAUUUUUGUGUGUACAAUUUUUUAAACUAAUCUGUUACAGUGAAUGACUGAAUUUAUGACGAAUGACGUCAUUGUCCUGAGAUAUUAAUAUAUAUAUCUACACAUACGAUUGAUUUCUCAUAUCAAUAUUAUAUUCAAUCCGUGUUCACAUCAUCCAAUCUAUUAAGAUGAGUGCCACAAACAGAGAGACCCCUGCGGAUUCCAAUGAGUCUAACAGUAAUGAAUAUUCAUCAGAUGACGACAACAAUAGGAUAAGUAAAAAUGGAGAAGAAGUACCUGAAAAGGAGGGACUGUCAACAAUCACUAUUCAGUUAAAAAGCAUUAUUUUUAAAAUAUUCGAGGAGAAGUUUCAAGAUCUAUUAUCACAUAAAAUUAACGAUUUAGAAAAGAAACAGCAAGAUGUUAUCGAAUGGUUUACUAAAGCAGAAGAAAAAUGGGAAGAGUCCAUUCAAGAUUUAGAAAAGAAACAGGAAGAUGUUGUCGCAAAGGUUACCAUAACAGAAGGCAAAUGGGAAAAGUCUGUUCAAGAAUUAGCAAAGAAGCAACAAGAACAAUGGGAAACUUCUAUUCAAGAUUUGGUAAAUAAACAGGAAGAUGUUGUCGCAAAGGUUACCGAAGACUUAGAAAAGAAACAAGAAGAAGUUGUUGGAUUUGUUACCCAAAUGGGAAAUCGAUGCCAAAACUCCGUUCAAAAUUUAGAAAAGAAACAACAAGACGUUGGCAAAAUGUUAAACGAAGCAAAAGAACAAUGGGAAACCUCAAUUCAACAAUUAAAAAGGAAACAGGAAGAUGUUGACGAAUGGGUUACCCAAGUUGAUAAAAAAUGGGGAAACUCCAUUCAAGAUUUAGAAAAGAAACAGGAAGAUGUUGUCGCAAAGGUUACUGAAGCAGAAGAAAAUUGGGAAAAGUCCAUUCAAGAUUUAGAUAUUAAACAGGAAGAUAUUGUGGCAAAGGUUAACAAAGUAGAAGAAAAAUGGGAAAAGUCUGUUCAACAUUUAUCAAAAGGGCAACAAGAUGUUGGCGAAACGUUAAAGGAAGCAAAAGAACAAUGGGAAACCUCAAUUCAACAAUUAAAAAAGAAACAGGAAGAUGUUGACGGAUGGGUUACCCAAGCGGAUAAAAAAUGGGGAAACUCCAUUCAAGAUUUAGAAAAGAAACAGGAAGAUGUUGUCGCAAAGGUUACCAAAGCAGAAGAAAAAUGGGAAAAGACUGUUCAACAUUUAGCAAAGAGGCAACAAGAUGUUGGUGAAAUGUUAACCAGAGCAAAUGAACAAUGGAAAACCUCAAUUCAAGGUUUGGAAAAGAAACAGGCAGAUGCCGCAAAGGUUGCCAAAGACUUGGAAAAGAAACAAGAAGAAAUUGUCGGAUUUGUUAACCAAACUGGAAGUCUACACGAAAAGUGCCUUCAAGAUUUAGAAAUGAAACAACAAGAAUUACGGAACAAUAUUUCCGGUUGGAUUACCCAAACAAAUAAGAAAUGGGGAACGUCCAUACAAGAUUUAGAAAGGAAACAGGCAGAUAUUGGCGAAACGUUAAAGGAAGCAAAAGAACAAUGGGAAACCUCAAUUCAACAAUUAAAAAAGAAACAGGAAGAUGUUGACGGAUGGGUUACCCAAGCUGAUAAAAAAUGGGGAAACUCCAUUCAAGAUUUAGAAAAGAAACAGGAAGAUGUUGUCGCAAAGGUUACCAAAGCAGAAGAAAAAUGGGAAAAGACUGUUCAACAUUUAGCAAAGAGGCAACAAGAUGUUGAUGAAAUGUUAACCAGAACAAAUGAACAAUGGAAAACCUCAAUUCAAGGUUUGGAAAAGAAACAGGCAGAUGCCGCAAAGGUUGCUAAAGACUUGGAAAAGAAACAAGAAGAAAUUGUCGGAUUUGUUAACCAAACUGGAAGUCUACACGAAAAGUGCCUUCAAGAUUUAGAAAUGAAACAACAAGAAUUACGGAACAAUAUUUCCGGUUGGAUUACCCAAACAAAUAAGAAAUGGGGAACGUCCAUACAAGAUUUAGAAAGGAAACAGGCAGAUAUUGGCAAAAUGUUAACCGAAGCAACAGAACAAUGGGAAGCCUCAAUUCAACAAUUAAAAAAGAAACAGGAGGAAGUUGUAGGGUGGGUUACCCAAACUGAAACCCGAUGGGAAAACUUAAUUCAAGAUUUAAACAAGAAACAUCAAGAUAUUGUUGCAACAGUUUCCGCAGGAGAAGAAAAAUAUGUGAAGUCCAUUCAAGAUUUAGAAAAUAAACAUAGAGGUGUUGUCGCGAAGGUUACCAAUGCAGAAAGGAAAUGGGAAAUGUCUGCCCAAGAUUUAGGAAUGAAACAACAAGACGUUGGCCAAAGAUUAGCCGGAGCAAAACAACAAUGGGAAACCUCAAUUCAAGACGUACAAAAGAAGCAGAACUCUGUUUUCGAAUGGAUUACCCAAGCUGAAUAUAAAUGGGGAAACUCAAUUCAAGACUUAUUAAAGAAACACCAAGAUAUUGAUGCAACAGUUUCCGAAGCAAAAGUAAAGUGGGAGAAGUCCAUUCAGGAUUUAGAAAAUAAACAUGAUGUUGGCGCUGAAGCAAUGAAACAACAUCUUCAAAAUCUUCAAAAUAAUCUUUGCGAAAAACUACUCAAAUUUAAAAAUAAUUUUACCCUACAAAUUAAUCAGUGCAAAACCAAGUUAGAAAGUACCCAAAAAAAACUGGAGGAUCUGACUGAAGACACCAAAAUUGAUGAACAGCUCCAUCAGCUCAACGAUCAAAUAGAUCAACUUAAUACAGCGAUGAUAAAACAUGAUGCGGUGCACUUCGACAUAAAUACUUGGUUGAAACGCCAUGAAAGUGUAUUAAUUGACUACGAUUUAAUAUUGAAAUGCAUUAAAAUAGAUGAAAAGGAUCUAGUAAAGACGGUGGCCACCGUUGACAGUAAGUUUUCGGCGUUCACUGAAGAAGUCAGGAGGCACAACGAUGAAUUGUCUCAGUGGAAGUUGGCCAAUAGUGAAGCGUUGGAACAGUUUAAAUCAAUUGGUGCGGACCACCUUCGAAUAGAACAAAUCAGUUCUGGUUUGAAGACGAAUGAAGGUAAAUUGAAUCAGCAGGAACUAAUAAUAAAAUCGAUAAAACAAGAUGAGAAAGAAAUCCAGCAGCAAAUUAACACUCUGGUGGAUCGAAUAAAGUCCAUCGAGGAAAGAAACAGAAAAUUUAUGUCUAAGGUAGCCGAAGAAAGGGAGAGAAAAGUUCCCUUAAGCACGCCACCACAAGUGAAUAGGUUGGACAGAAGCGUCGAUACGGAUUUGUUGAAAAGAUUAAUACUAGAAGAGAUGGAAGGACAUAGAAGGAAUGGGGGCAUGCUUAGGUAUCAUUGGGUGUUAGGAGGAUCAAUUUUCAUGCUUAUACUUGCUAUGGUGAUUUAUAUGGAACUCCACAAGUGUAAUUAUUACUAACACUGCAUGUAUUUAUUGUUAAAAUUUUAUUUAUUAAAUAAUAUAUUAUUUACAAAAGAUCA